ACCCGGAAGUGCCCACGCGUCGUCUGCAGGGGUGAAGGGUCAGGGGUCAGGUCACCAACAUGGCGGCGUCUGGACCAAAACGGGAGUCGCGGAAGACUUUGCAAGAAGAAGAAGAGACAGCCACCCAGGUAUAUGCGACCCUCGGGGUGGCUCUGGUUGUCGUGGUGAUCGGCGUUCCUCUCUGGUGGAAAACUACAGAAGUGUACAGGGCCACACUGCCAUAUGCUGAUAUAGGACAGCUGAAGGAUGCACAGGUCACCUACAAGGUCGGGGUGGAGUUUGUCCUGCCUCUGCAGACUCAGCCGCAGGACCUGCUGGACUGGAGGGAACAGGUGGACCAACACCUGGGCACAGGUACAGCCUACAGUCCCAUCUCACCCCACUACGACAUCAAGGUGAGAACCACCAACAAGGAAGAACGGACGGUCAUCAACCAACAGGGCUCCAUGGAAGCCCUAGACCUGCAGCUGACAGAGUUACACCCCCCAGGUGUGGGGAGUUGUACAGUUUACCUGCUGGGAAAGGACAGCAGUCUGGAGGCUCUGGCUUACAUCGGACGGCAUAGGACUGCCUUCAUCAAGUCUUCUGGAGACGUCUCCCGAGAUGUGCGGAUCUCGGCACACCUGGUUAGGUCCUACUUCGUGAACGACGAGAGACUGAAAACAACUUUCACCUCCGCAACCGGAGCCCAGCAUGACAAGGAGAACAUUGCUAAGGAACAGAUGCAAGCCUUCAAGACCAACACAGGGUACGAGGUGACCUUUAGCCUGUUGAACCCUGACCCGAGCGUGCUGGACGUCCGCUGGGACAUGGAGGCGGCGACGGCCAGCUACCUGAACCCUUUCCUGGACAGGCUGGCCAACAUCGCCGAGUUUCAGGUCUUCUCACAGGUGCUGUACUACACUGACCUGUCCGUGCGACCGACCCGUGACGAGCGCACAGCGUCCUACUACCUGACCCCCGACCAGCUGCCACACACCAUCAACCCUGUUGAGGCCAAGCUAGGCUCCCAUGUCUCCACGUAUCCCAGCGUGCACUUCCUGGUGUACAUCCCGGAACGGGGUCAUUCUCCUCUCUACAUCCACAAUGAAGAAGGCCUGGAGUCGGAGACCAACGCCUUCUUCAGUCCUCGCUGGGGCGGCAUGAAGAUCGUGAACGUCGACUCGCCGCCGAAGAACGCGUCCCUCCCGCUGGCCGUAACCCUUGACCUUCUCCCGGUCAUGGAGACGUUCCUCUCGCACCUGCGGCUGUUGCUAGGCGUGGCCCAACUCCCCGCCGACCCGUCGAUCGUGGUGGAACCAGCAGACAACGCCGCCAUCACCGACUGGGAAUAUGACCACCUGCUGCGGGUGCGGACCGUCGAGAACGUUGCCACGGCAACGGCCACGCUGGCGUCGCUCUCGCAGCUGCUCGGAGAAAUUGGGAACAUCGUGAUCAACGACGACAUCGCCCGGCAGGUCUACCUGGCCGUGGACGCCAUCAGGGAGGCACAGCACCACCUGGGGGCAGGCGAGCUAACUGCAGCCUUCCAGGCCUCCAAGGCAGCCAUACUUUCCUCAGAAAAGGCUUUUUUCGACCCGUCCUUGCUGGAGCUCCUGUACUUCCCGGAGGACCAGAAGUUUGCGAUCUACAUCCCCCUGUUCCUGCCCAUGAGUGUUCCUGUCCUCAUGUCUGUGUUUCAAGCUUACAGGUGGUACAAAAAACAGCAAAACCAGACAAAGGAAGAGGGGAAACCCACCAAGAAGGAAGGGAAAGAAGGAAUGAAAGAAUCGAAAAAAGAUGAAACGGGACAAGAGGAUGACAACAGUAGUGCUGAAAAGAAGAAAUCUCCAAAGGGAAAGAAGCAGUCGAGAAAGGAAAGAUGAUAAAAAAACCUUGUCUAGUUUGUUUAUUAUUUUGUUUACUUCAGCAUUUUGUUACUGUUCACGUUUUAACUUUUUCUACAUCUCCAAAGAUUGCCUGUCCAGAAAUCUUCAGUUAUUUUUCUAUGAGAGUCGUGAGGAAUUCAUUUGUGAGUUAUCUUUGUCCUUAGUGCUGAAACUUGGCUGUUAUUAACUAAUAGUAUUUAUCCUUAAAUAUUACGUUCCACUUUUUAUGAAUGCUUUUCAGGGAUCUAGAGUACAGGUACUGAAUAAGAUUUCCACCUGUGGAGUGUACACACUCUUAUUUCAGCCCCUAUUAGGGGGGAAAAAGGAAGUUCUGGUCCCUUCCAAGUUUGUUUAUGUUUAUGUUCCAACUUUUAUGUUUAUCAGAAAACUGUGGACAAGAGAGAAUAGUUUUAUACUAACAAAUUUUUUUUUGCAUUUGCAUGAGAUUCAUGGUCUGCACAAAAUUUCAUUCAAGCGGUCAAGUUCACAGAUAUUUGCACAAGAUUGUUGCAAGGUGAUGUAGGCCUGUUGUCAGGCUGCAAGGAGUCUCUUAGAUGAUAGAAAAAAUAAUCAGAUACAAAAUGCAACAUGGUGAUUCUGCAACAGCUGUAUAUUGUAGCAAUAUCAUAUCAACACAAGGCAUACAUUUCCAUGAAGUAAAUGCUUGAUGCACACUUUUAAAAACAUUUGUGGUGUUAAACUGCAGGCUAUAAGCCAUUGUUAUAAGAAAGUCAUCGUAUGUAAAUUCAUAGCAGCAUGAUAUGAAACAUGAAAACGCUUUUUUUAUCUUAAUAUACAUGACUACUUGUAAGUUUCUCAGCUAGUGUAUGCUAGCAUGAGACUUAGCUUAAUGUAACUGUAGAUAUUUGAAGUUGGCUUUGUACAAUAAGGAUCGCAUUAUGAUUGCAAAAGGAUCUAAGGUCUAAUAACUAAGCUCUUGAAGUCGGUAACCGGAGAAAUAAACAUUCCUUUGU